AGCCCUCUGUGUUCCCUUCAGGUGAAUCACCACCUGAUUCCUGCAGGUUCAGGAAAUGCUCUUCCCCAGUCUACAAAUCUCACCUACUCUGAGAUGAGUCAUUUACAUUAGCAAGAGAGCAAGUUACUCCAGUUGUUCUCAGCAGGAGAAUUUGAAAGGGUGCCCCAAAGGACAAUCACACAAGGGGGAGAGAAGGCAACUGCCUUCUCUGACAGGAGAGAAAAUGCUUAUUUUUUAUGCUUUACCAGAAAAUCCAUUUCCCUGUCAACCUUAGUUUGGAGGCUCAUUCUAAAUCAGCGACAAGAAGCCUGUUUCAACUUGAAGGCACUCGUAAGAGGUGAAUGGACAGCCAGCCACCGCAAUGAAAGAAAUCAAACCAGGAAUAACCUAUGCUGAACCCACGCCUCAAUCAUCCCCAAGCGUUUCCUGACACACGUUCUUGGUUACGGCACACCACAACUGAAGAAUGGGGCUCAACUUGACACUUGCCAAAUCACCAAAUAACGAGCUACACAGCUCAGGGAGUCACACUCCAAGCAACACAAGCGACAGUCCUGGACCUGGAAAAAACACCACCACCUACAACGAGUUUGACACCAUCAUCUUGCCUGUGCUUUACCUCGUUAUUUUUGUGGCCAGCAUGUUGCUGAAUGGUCUAGCUGUGUGGAUCUUCUUCCACAUCAGGAAUAAAACCAGCUUCAUAUUCUAUCUCAAAAACAUAGUGGUUGCAGACCUCAUCAUGACACUGACAUUUCCAUUUAGAAUAGUUCAUGAUGCAGGACUUGGACCUUGGUACUUCAAGUUUAUCCUCUGCAGAUACACAUCGGUUUUGUUUUAUGCAAACAUGUAUACGUCCAUCGUGUUUCUCGGGCUGAUAAGUAUCGAUCGCUAUCUGAAGGUGGUAAAACCAUUUGGGGACUCUCGCAUGUACAGCAUAACCUUCACCAAGGUUUUAUCUGUUUGUGUCUGGGUGAUCAUGGCUGUUCUGUCUUUGCCAAACAUCAUCCUAACGAAUGGUCAGCCGACUAAGGAGAAUAUUCACGACUGUGUGAAUCUGAAGAGUCCAUUGGGAGUCAGAUGGCAUGAGGCAGUCACCUAUGUCAACAGCUGCGUGUUUGUGGCCGUGCUGGUGAUUCUGAUCGGAUGUUACAUAGCCAUUUCCAGGUACAUCCACAAAUCCAGCAGGCAAUUCAUAAGUCAGUCAAGCCGAAAGCGGAAACAUAACCAGAGCAUCAGGGUGGUCGUGGCUGUGUUUUUUACCUGCUUUCUGCCCUAUCACCUGUGCAGGAUUCCUUUUACGUUUAGUCACUUAGACAGGCUUUUAGAUGAAUCUGCACACAAAAUCUUGCAUUACUGCAAGGAAAUGACACUUUUCUUGUCUGCAUGCAAUGUGUGCCUGGAUCCUAUAAUUUACUUUUUCAUGUGCAGAUCAUUUUCAAGAAGGUUAUUCAAAAAAUCAAAUAUCAGAACCAGGAGCGAAAGCAUCAGAUCACUGCAAAGUGUCCGAAGGUCAGAAGUCCGCAUAUAUUAUGAUUAUACUGAUGUGUAGGCCUUCAAUUGCUUGUUGGAAUCAGUAUGUACAAAGUGUAAAUAAAUGUUUCUUUUCGUUAUCCUU